CGCUGCCCAGAGGCCCCUGCCAGACUUGUCUCCUGCCUCUGUUCCCUGCGGCCGAAGCAGACAUGGACGUGACCAUCCAGCACCCCUGGUUCAAGCGCGCUCUGGGGCCUUUCUACCCCAGCCGGCUGUUCGACCAGUUCUUUGGCGAGGGCCUCUUUGAGUAUGACCUGUUGCCCUUCCUGUCCUCCACCAUCAGCCCCUACUACCGCCAGUCUCUCUUCCGCACCGUGCUGGACUCCGGCAUCUCUGAGCUCAUGACCCAUAUGUGGUUUGUAAUGCACCAACCACAUGCUGGAAACCCCAAGAACAACCCCACCAAGGUCCGAUCUGACCGGGACAAGUUUGUCAUCUUCCUGGAUGUGAAACAUUUCUCCCCUGAGGAUCUCACUGUGAAGGUGCAGGAGGACUUCGUGGAGAUCCAUGGCAAACACAAUGAACGGCAGGACGACCACGGCUACAUCUCCCGUGAGUUCCACCGCCGCUACCGCCUGCCCUCCAACGUGGACCAGUCGGCCCUCUCCUGCUCCCUGUCCGCAGAUGGCAUGCUGACCUUUUCUGGUCCCAAGGUCCAGUCCGGCCUAGAUGCUGGCCACAGCGAGCGGGCCAUCCCUGUGUCACGGGAGGAGAAGCCCAGCUCAGCCCCCUCGUCCUAA